AUGGUUUCAGUGGCGAUGCAGUGCAAGGAGCAUUUAUGUCAACAUGGCUACAACUAUGAGACAUACUACCUGGUUGAAUCAGAUCAAAGGAAGAUUGUAAGAUCGGAUCCUAGUAUAACUUUCGAAAUGCACAUCGCUAUACUAGCAGCUAGCAACGGUCAUAUACUUCUAUCAACUGUCUCACAACCAGACGCGGCCGAUCCAGUCUAUGAAAUAGUUGUUGGAGGUGGAGGUAAUAAAUUCACGGAGCUGAGAGGAAAUUUGAAAAGGAAUGCAAAAGCGUCUGCGAAGACUGUUGGCAUUUUAUCCACAAUUGAGUUCAGGGCGUUUUAUAUUAAAAUAACUGAAGAUGGUCUCAUUGAGUUUGGUCGCGAAGGUGAUAUACUACCUAUCUUAAGCUAUCAGGACAUGGAUCCCAUAAACAUACAUUAUUUUAGUUUCGCAGCCUGGAAUGGUGUGGAAGCUAAAUUUCUUUAUGAUUGUCCCAUACCCUUGAAGAAUGCUACAGAAGUUCCGUCAUCUGAUUCUGUAAUGGUAGAACCGAAAAUGUCGAAUUCCGAUAUGCUUAAAAGAUCACUGCUUUUAAAUAGGGAUCCUAAUAUAGCACCCAGAUCUAAAGUUACUGUUCAAUUGGGAGUAAAAAUCACAAGUAUAACGUAUGAUCCCUUUGAAACCAAAUUGCGAACGGGUUUAUCUGUGGUUAGGAAAUGGACUGAUGAUAGCAUGGCGUGGAAUCCCCUAAAAUUUAAUGGAACAAGUCGUCUAACGUUCCGCCAAGGACAAAUUUGGAGCCCAAGCCUAUCUAUUUACAAUUCGGACACUAUUGGAUUUUUGGAUGCCAAAAACUCGGAACCUAUAACCAUGUUUGAAAGUGGUGAAACGAUAUUGCAUAUGCAGACUACGAUACAAACUUGGUGUCUUGAUUAUUCUGACAUGUUGACAAAAUGGCCCCACGAUGAAUACGAUUGCGUCAUUGUGAUUGAACCAUGGGAAAAUCAUGAGGAUAUAACAUUUCAAAAACUAGACCCUGAAGACAUGAAAGCUACUAGCCAUAUAUAUGAGACUAUAAACAAUGACUAUGGGGAAAGUAAUGAAGAUGAAAUGGAAACUUCUGGAAUUAGAAAUAUAGAAGCAAUGCAGAGUGACAAUAAAGAGUACAACGAAUCUGUAGAAUUAGCAGAAGCAAUCGAUAAAAUAUUGUUUUUUAUUUACAGCAUGACUUUUGCUGUUAUGCUUGCUUUGCAUUUUUAA